CGGCGGAGGAAUAAAGGAAGUUUUGCGCCGUGAUUUUUUUUUUUUUAAUAAUUGUAUUUUUUUUUUUUUGUCUAAUUUCCUCUGGCCGUGUUUUGAUGUCAGCCCGGCGGACAGGCGGACUAACGCUUCACUGAUGAGAAUUCAUGGUCUGCGGAGAGGCUCUGCGAUCGUGACGAUGAUGCCGAGUAAGAGCGUGGAGUGGCUGCAGGAGGAGCUGGAGUCGGGGGCCCCCUCUCUGCUGCUGCUGGACUGCAGGGCCCACGAACUGUACGAGUCGUCGCACAUCGAGUCGGCCAUCAACCUGGCCAUCCCGGGCCUGAUGCUCCGCCGGCUCAAGAAGGGCAACCUGCCGAUCCGCUCCAUCAUCCCCAACAACGAGGACAAGGAGAAGUUCGUCAAACGCUGCAAGACGGACGUGGUGGUUCUGUACGACGAGGCGGCGCCGGAGCGCCAGCAGGAGUCCGGCGUGGGCAGCUCCGUCCUGGGACUGCUCCUCCAGAAGCUCCGGGAUGACGGUUGCAAGGCUUACUACCUAGAAGGAGGAUUCAGCAAGUUCCAGUCAGAGUACUCUGAGCACUGCGAGACCAAUUUGGAUGGUUCCUGUCCCAGCAGUUCCCCACCAGCUUCUGUCCUGGGUCUGGGAGGACUCAGAAUAAGCUCCGAUUGCUCAGAUGGGGAAUCUGACCGAGAACCGGGCAGCGCCACAGAGUCAGAGAGCAGCCCGCUCCCCAACAACCAGCCAGCAUUCCCUGUCCAGAUCCUGCCGUACCUGUACCUUGGCUGUGCCAAAGAUUCUGCCAACCUGGAUGUACUCAGCAAGUACAAUAUCAAGUACAUUCUGAAUGUGACGCCCAACCUGCCCAACAUGUUUGAACAUGAAGGGGACUUCAAGUACAAGCAGAUCCCCAUCUCUGAUCACUGGAGCCAAAACCUCUCUCAGUUUUUCCCUGAAGCCAUUUCAUUUAUUGAUGAGGCUCGUUCAAAAAAGUGCGGCAUCCUGGUCCACUGCCUCGCCGGGAUCAGUCGUUCGGUAACCGUCACUGUGGCCUACCUGAUGCAGAAGCUCAACCUCUCGCUCAAUGACGCCUACGACUUUGUCAAGCGGAAAAAGUCAAACAUUUCCCCGAACUUUAAUUUCAUGGGUCAGCUAUUGGACUUUGAGAGGACACUGGGCCUCAACAGCCCGUGUGACAACCACGCUUCCUCUCCAACCCACGAGCAGCUCUUCUUCACCACUCCGACCAAUCACGUCUUUCAACUGGAUACACUGGAGUCCACAUGAAACUUACUAAACUGUCCCCUCUGGGUCGAGGUGGAUAUAUUACUACGGUAACAAGUGGCUGCACUGGAAGAAGCAGCUGGUUUUAGUGAAUGUUUUAGUUUACUGUGCGAGAACGUGGCCAAUGGAGCAGUGUUGAUGUGACAGGAGAGGCCGCAGUGCUAAAAUGGAAGAUGAAAGCAGAGUGAGCCUUUUUUGUUUGUUUGUUUUUAACAGAGGGGGACCUGAUGGGCGGGGUUUUAACAGCGUCCUCCUCAGAGCGAUUGCAAGUGAGGACGAGCCCUGUUGGAUUUUUCUUGAGGUCAGUGGAGACUUUACUGACUGAGAACCUGAGUGAAGGCCACAGCACGUCAGAUGGCUUCAUACAAAGAUCGGAACACAGAAAUCAACAGUGUUUGAUUGAUGAGACGGCAGCAUCUUCUCUCCGUCUUUGUGUCUUGGCUCUCAAGCUGAGCCGACUGGUGCCAAGUGGAGAAUCUGGGAUUUACCAGGAGGAAAUCUCACUCUACUGAAUGAGCUUUUAUUUUUUUUACAAACCAAGGAAUUUACACGCACACAUGAACACACCUAAACAGAAGUAUGUAUGUUUGUUUGUUUCUACUGUAUGUGUGUUAACGUACAUCGCAGAAAAUGGACAGUCCUUGACACAUUCAUGAUGUAUAUGCAUUUUUGUGUACAUUGACGCACAAAUCUAUACAUAUACACACAUAACGUUCUUCUCUUUGUCCAAAAACAGAGUCAUCCAAUAAUGGCUUAAGGGAUUGUAAAACUAAAGAAGGGGAGCUAUUCCUAGUUGCGUUCUUGUUAUUUUCUCUCGCUCUCUCUCACACACAUUCUUUCUUUGCUUUUCGGUUUGUAAUGACCUAAUGCAGUUUGCACAGUGGUGUAGCCAUUGACGUGUUGGCACUUGGAGCUGGUGCCUGAAGCAGGCAGAUAAUGAGACAUUCAGAGAGCAGGAGUGGAGAGGAGAGGCCAGUCCCAGGCUGCGACGAGUCCUAACAGCUGCAUAAUGGGGGGGGGGGGGGGGGGGCAGGAAGUCACCAUGUCCUUGCAUAAGACAUGGUGAAGUUUUAUGCUUUGUUUGACAUUAGGACAGCUUGAGGUUACAACUUCUCCGUAGGAUUGGGAUUCACUACUGUUGCAGCUUAAUAGAUUAUGUUUUGUUUUUGUUUUUUUUUGGUGAGUGCAUUUCCUAGGUCCUACUUCCGUAUCCCCACGGCUGUUAGUACCACCGUCUAGCAAGAAGUACCAGUUGUUUCCUCCAGCUGUUUCGAAAUUAGAGAACCUCAACUGUUUCCUUGGUUUCAUCACAACAGGAUGUAUUACAAGUAAGUCCAUGUGCAUAUGAACAUUUUUUGUUGUUUUUUGGGGGGGGGGUUCCCUGUUACAGCAUCUUGGAGCCAAAAGUAAAUGGUGAAUGAGUUUGUAGCACACUGUCAGCUUUGAGAGUAAUUAGAACAGUGAAGUAACAGUACUUCUUAACCUGUGGUACCCAUUCAUUCACUCAGCAGUCCAAAUACUUUUAGUCCACUAAAAAUUUCAGUUUACCAGAUUUAAAUGUAAUUAUUAUUAUUAUUUUUUUUUGUUUUUAUAAAUGCUUGAAUUUCUGAUAUGAUGUAAUAGGAAGUUAAAGUAAAUGUCAAUGUUCAGUUACAUAUGGACUUAGUGUUGUGUUUUGCCAAAACUGAUCUGACGUCAUUUUGAUAUGUCCCAUGAGACUGUUCAGUUGAUAUAGGGCCAAAUCAUGACAGGUCACCUCAGAGCACUAUACACGGGUAAGGUCCCUGUCAUGCUCAAAGACCACAUUGAGUCAUGAAAUUUUUGAAAAACAGGGAUGUGGUCAAAAUGGUGCAUGCUUUGAAACAAACCUCGAUUUACACAGGGAGGUGAGGGAGAGAUUUUGUUUUGUUUGUUUCUCGCUCUGCGUUUCAGAUCCAUAGACAGUGACCGGUACGUUUCACAAAGGAGUCCAUAGACUGCUGCUAAGAGAGUACAUCCGGGGUACAUUUGUAUGACAUCAAUGAAGUCCCUUCUCGGUUUAAUUACAUCGUUAAAAAAACAAAGUUCUUACUGCAUCCAUGUUCUCACGGUAUAUUUUUUGAACAUUUUCAAAGCUCUGCCACAUCCAGAUAAUUUACAUAUCAUGGUAUGUAUCGUUGAACAUCAUAGAUACAUACCAUGUCCUUACCAGUUUACUGUCUUCUUACUACAUUGUACAAGUUCAGCCAAAUAUAUCUUAUUGUUUGCAAUGAUGGGAUAAUUGAAUUGACAACUUCAAGUUGUAGAUCUGAGUCCCACAGAGACAGGCUGUGUUAGGGUAUAUGUCCGAAGGCAAUCAUUGAUGUAGAUAUAUCCUGCUGAGACCCAGCCCAUUCGUUAUGUCCACUGUAGUUGGCAAAAAAGUUAAAUUGAAAUAUACUUGUUUUUCCUCAGUUCUCGGGAGGAUAUUUCCCAGAGGCCAUUCGAAACAAGCUUGACCUAUGUUUCUUAAAACACAUUGGCAUUCAACAAAGGGAGGUCCUCAGAUCAAAAGGUUCCGAUGUCAUCAAUGCAGGAUAUCUGGGGGUCAAUACAUGCACGCUGUGUCUCAUUUGUCUUAAAGACGUGUUUUCACUUAUCAAGGGGACCUCCUCCUUUCUAUAGUCAAUAAUGCAUUUCAAUGCAGGAUUAGUCAGUUUGACAAGAUAUCCAAGACUUACUACUCUACACCAGCUGGACUUCCUCUGCCUACAAGGUGCCUUGCUCACUCAUUGAAGUGACCGCUUCAGUUCCAAACUUAUAGCCACCCUGCUUCCAAAACAGCACCUUCAGUAGAACCUGUUGGCAGAUGAUCCAAGUAAUCCGGCCAGGACAUCACAAGGUGACAGCUCAGGUAGAGAACAGAAAUUAAUGGGAAAAGCAACACUGCUUUAAUGUCAACUUAAAAUCUGUUCAACAUCAAUGUUCCCUGAAACUGAAUUUGGAAUCCUUCCCCAACCAUCAGUGUUAGGGUUAGUUCGUUUGCGUUAAAUUAAUACCAUUGUACUUGGCAAACUUUGUACUCCUCUCCACUCUUUGAGCCCAAGUAGGUAUUUGCCAAAGAAAAAGGUAGUUCUAAAAUUGAUGAUAUACAGAUUGAACUCGGGAUGCAAAAUGGAAUUUGGCGCUGCAGUUGUGGUUUUAGGAAUUAUUUAUGAUAAAGCAGGUUGUGGGUCUGGGACUGGCCUUGGCGGUAUUGCACUUAGAUGCUCCUUGAACAGGAUUGGAUAGUAUGGAAGGAAAGUAUCAGCCAUAGCGUUUAACCUAUUUCUUUUCUGAAAAUUGUGUUGGUUGAUUCACCCUUAAGCCUUGGGUAUAAUAUAUGAAAUCUAUAUUACAAAUUAGAUUUUUAUUUAUAUAUAAAAUUAAUUAAUUACAGAGCUAAUAGUAGACAUCUACAUUAUUUUGUAUACCUGAGCAUGAUGUGUGCGCUCUCUAAUAGAAGUAUCCACGGCUUAGAUGUUGUUUUACCAGCUGGAAGACAAAUAAACGAGGGUAGUUGUUUUUUUUUUUUUUUACUGUUGUGUGCCACAGCAUUUGGUGCCACACAGCAUGUCAGGCCAAGGACUUUCCCUGAGACUCUAUCCCCAUCAGUCGCACCUGAACAACAUAAGUAUUUCUAAAAACCAAAUGCAAACUUUUUAUUCUACUUAGACUCCCAAAGUAUGUUGACAUUCUGUGCUGUCCCCUCCUACAGGGUUGGUUUGAGCUGGCCUUAUGUCAUCUUUCUAACUUGUUUCUAAUGUUGACUGUUCAAUACUCUUUGUAUCUCACUACAAACGUGUAAUAAAUUUGAGCGUCG